GUAAAUAACGGCCGCCGAGGAAGAGGACGACGAGUCGCAGAGAGCAGAGCAGCGAAGCAGCCGCGGCGGAAGCGAAAGGAGAAGACCCGUCGCGCCGCGGCCGCCGUCCGGCCAACGCGGCCGAUCCGGCUCCGCCGAGCCGAGAGCCGGUAAACCUCCCCCUCCCACAAAAUCCCCCCGUCGCCUGCAAGCGCCUGCGCCUCCGUGCAGCUGCGCACCGAAUCUCGAUCUGAGCCCCCGCCGACGACUUCGCAGCUCUCCGCCCCGAUCUGCGGCGCCGGCAUGGCGCGGUUCGAGGUGGGCGGGAAGUCGGUGCAGGGCGUGGACCUGCUCCGGCGGCGGCACUGGGCGUCGCGCCUCGACCUGUGGCCCUUCCUCGCGCUCUACGCGCUCUGGCUGGUGGUCGUAGUCCCGGCGCUCGACUUCACCGACGCCCUCGUCGUCGUCGGCGCGCUCUCCGCCUCCCACAUCCUCGCCUUCCUCUUUACCGCAUGGUCCGUCGACUUCCGGGCGUUCGUCGGGUACUCCAAGGUGAAGGCUAUACGUUCAGCCAACGCGUGCAAGGUAACACCUGCGAAGUUCUCCGGAUCGAAGGAGAUUGUGCCCCUGCAUAUACAGAAAACUGUGGCCUCCUCCUCAGCAGCAGGUGAGACGGAGGAGAUCUUCUUUGAUUUCCGUAAGCAGAGGUUCAUCUACUCCCCAGAGAAGGAUAACUUUUUCAAGCUCCGUUACCCAACAAAGGAGUCAUUUGAACAUUAUAUCAAGGGCACUGGAUAUGGAACAGAGGCUAAGAUCAACACCGCUGUGGAUAAGUGGGGGAGAAACAUAUUUGAAUAUCCGCAGCCCACAUUUCAGAAAUUAAUGAAGGAGCAAUGCAUGGAACCGUUUUUUGUUUUCCAGGUUUUUUGUGUUGGCCUUUGGUGUCUAGAUGAAUAUUGGUACUACAGCCUGUUUACACUUUUCAUGCUCUUCCUGUUUGAGUCUACUAUGGCAAAGAAUAGAUUGAAAACAUUGACUGAGCUAAGGCGUGUGAAAGUUGAUAAUCAGAUGGUGACUACUUAUCGCUGCGGAAAGUGGGUCAAAAUACCUGGGACAGAACUACUACCUGGAGAUAUUGUGUCAAUAGGCCGCUCAGUAAGUGGUGAAGAUAGGUCUGUACCAGCAGAUAUGCUAUUGUUGGCUGGAUCCGCGAUAGUAAAUGAAGCUAUUCUCACAGGAGAAUCUACUCCACAGUGGAAGGUCUCAGUUGCUGGCCGUGGCCAUGAGGAAACACUAUCUGUAAAGCGAGAUAAGAAUCAUAUCCUAUUUGGUGGCACUAAAAUAUUGCAACAUACUCCAGAUAAGUCUACAAACCUUCGAGCACCUGAUGGUGGUUGCAUAGCUUAUGUCUUGAGGACUGGAUUUGAGACUAGCCAGGGAAAGUUGAUGAGAACCAUCCUAUUCUCAACUGAGAGGGUUACUGCAAACAGUAAGGAGAGUGGCUUGUUUAUCCUAUUUUUGCUUUUCUUUGCAGUAAUUGCAUCCGGCUAUGUGCUUGUCAAGGGAUUGGAGGACCCAACAAGGAGCAGAUACAAGCUUUUCUUAAGUUGUUCAUUGAUUCUUACUUCUGUGAUACCUCCUGAAUUGCCAAUGGAGCUUUCCAUAGCAGUUAAUACAUCUUUAAUUGCACUAGCCCGCCGUGGUAUUUUCUGCACAGAGCCAUUCAGGAUACCAUUUGCUGGGAAGGUUGACAUAUGCUGUUUUGAUAAAACCGGGACAUUGACAUCGGACGAUAUGGAAUUCCAAGGUGUUGUCAGUUUGGAAGGUGAUGAAGAAUUGAUAACAGAUGCAAAUAAGCUGCCACUGCGCACCCAAGAAGUAUUAUCCAGUUGCCAUGCAUUGGUAUUUGUAGAUAACAAACUGGUUGGCGACCCCCUUGAAAAAGCUGCUAUAAAGGGCAUAGACUGGAUCUACACAUCUGAUGAGAAGGCCAUAUCCAAAAAGUCUGGUGGUCAACCUGUAAAGAUUGUGCACAGAUAUCAUUUUGCUUCACACUUGAAGAGAAUGUCCGUUGUCGUCAGUAUACAGGAGAAAUAUUAUGCUUUCAUAAAGGGUGCACCAGAGACCAUCCAGGAGAGGUUAGUUGAUUUACCUGCGGGAUAUGUGGAGACAUACAAAAAAUACACUCGACAAGGCUCCCGAGUCCUGGCUCUUGCAUACAAAUUGCUUCCGGAUAUGCCUGUAAACGAAGCUAGAAGUUUGGAAAGGGAUCAAGUAGAGAGUGACCUAACUUUUGCAGGUUUUGCGGUUUUUAACUGUCCUAUAAGGAGUGACUCCGGUGCUGUCUUACAAGAACUGGAGCAAUCUUCCCAUGACUUGGUUAUGAUCACUGGGGACCAAGCUUUGACUGCUUGCCAUGUUGCUGGUCAAGUUCAUAUCUGUUCCAAACCUGUUUUAAUUCUGACACGUACAAAGGCUGGCAGUUUCGAGUGGAUUUCCCCUGAUGAAAUUGACAGAGCUCCAUACAGUGCUGAGGAGGUUGCUGGGGUAUCUGAAUCGCACGAUCUUUGUAUUAGUGGAGACUGCUUUGAAAUGCUACAAAGGACUGAUGCUGUUAUCCAAGUCAUCCCAUAUGUGAAGGUUUUUGCCCGUGUUGCUCCUGAACAGAAAGAACUUAUACUGACUACAUUCAAAACCGUUGGGAGAGUUACACUGAUGUGUGGGGAUGGAACCAACGAUGUUGGUGCACUAAAACAGGCUCAUGUUGGCAUAGCUCUUUUGAAUGCCGAACCUGUCCAGAAAUCAGAUACAAAAUCUCAAGCAUCCAAACCUGAAAAUAAGCCAGGGAAGUUGAAAAAACCGAAACCUUCUCAGGAAGGAUCAUCACAAUUGACCCAACCUGCUAACAGUUCUGCUAAAGCAUCCAGUAGCCGUCCCUUGACUGCAGCUGAGAGGCAGAGAGAAAGACUACAGAAGAUGAUGGAGGAAAUGAAUGAGGAAGGUGAUGGCCGUUCAGCUCCUAUUGUGAAGCUUGGGGAUGCUUCCAUGGCUUCGCCUUUCACAGCAAAGCAUGCCUCUGUUGCCCCUACACUUGACAUCAUCCGCCAGGGGAGAAGCACCCUAGUCACUACCCUUCAAAUGUUUAAGAUUCUUGGGCUGAACUGUCUUGCCACAGCAUACGUUCUCAGUGUGAUGUAUUUGGAUGGCGUCAAGCUGGGUGAUGUUCAGGCUACAAUCAGUGGUGUCUUCACUGCAGCUUUCUUCCUCUUCAUUUCCCAUGCUCGACCCCUUCAAACACUGUCUGCGGAGCGGCCUCAUCCAAACAUAUUCUGUGCAUACGUCUUCCUUUCCAUUCUUGGUCAGUUUGCCAUGCACUUGUUCUUCCUGAUCUCAGCCGUCAAUGAAGCAUCCAAGUAUAUGCCAGAGGAAUGCAUUGAGCCUGAUUCAGAGUUCCACCCAAAUCUUGUCAACACGGUUUCAUACAUGGUGAACAUGAUGAUCCAGGUUGCAACAUUUGCAGUGAACUACAUGGGACACCCAUUUAACCAGAGCAUAUCGGAGAACAAGCCCUUCAAGUAUGCUCUAUAUGCAGCAGUUGCUUUCUUCACUGUGAUCACAUCGGAUAUGUUCAGGGAUUUGAAUGACUACAUGAAGCUUGUACCCCUGCCUGAAGGAAUGAGGGGCAAAGUGAUGCUUUGGGCUAUCCUUAUGUUCUGUGGUUGCUAUGGAUGGGAGCGGAUUUUGCGAUGGGCGUUCCCAGGCAAGAUGCCAGCAUGGGAGAAGCGUCAGAAAAAGGCAAUUGCAAAUCUGGAGAAAAAACACGAAUAGUAUCUUGUAUUUUUUUCUUUCACUUCAAUUCUUUACUCCACUGGCAUAGUUUUAAUCUAAUAUGUAGCUUAGGAGAAUUUUGUCGGACUGUAGGUCCCAUUACUAGCAAGAUACAUGGUCAAUAUCCACUCCGCUUAGGGUUGGACGAGAUUUCACAUUUUUCUUCCAUAUCAUCUGUUAAUGAUGACAUAGCAUUGAUGAACCUGAAUUGCUACAGCAGUUCUCUCACGGGAGAAAUUACCUGAAUUCGCUAUACAUCUUAUCGAUUUGUGGACUCCUGUAGUCUAGUGG